CUGGCCCCUCUCACCUGCGAGUUCCUGGACAGCUUCACUUUGGCCCCUGCUUUGCCACCACUAAAAAAGCUGCGGCUGCUGCCUGAGUUGGACCAGCCUCAGUUCGCAGGAGCCAGCCGGGUGAUCGGUUCGGGCGCGGGGUCAGAAACAAGGCGACUUGAGCGCGUGACGCGGAGCGGACAGCGAGUUUGUGCACCGGCGCCGUUGACCCCAACAGGACAGGCCAAGGUGGGGGGUCGGGUGCGUUGUUUGAGGGGACACCGCUCGUUCACACGCGUGCGCGCGCGCACACACACAGAUCCAUCCCUCCUCUCCAGCAUCCCGACAGGGGCUUUGAGCAACAGGUUACGCAGCAGCGGCACCGCUUUGGCGACCGAAAGCGCAACAAUGCCGAGCAAAAGCCAGUUCCUGCGCCCCCGGCUCUGCGCGCUGCAGAAGGGGGACAACGGCUACGGCUUCCACCUCCACGGGGAGAAGGGGAAGACGGGCCAGUUCAUCCGGCUGGUGGAGCCCGACAGCCCGGCCGAGUCCUCGGGGCUGCGCUCCGGAGACCGCCUGGUGUUCGUCAACGGGGAGGACGUGGAGAGCGAGAGCCACCAGCAGGUCGUGUCCCGGAUCAGGGCCACCGCGGGCCCGCUGGAACUCGUGGUGGUGGACCCGGAGACGGAGCAGCUGCUGAAGAAACACAACUUGAAAUGCCUGAAGGAGUACGUCUCCGAAGGUCUGCCGUUGCCCUUUGACGACGAGGAGGAGGAGGAGGAGGAGGCAGGGGAAGUGGAGGAAGAGGCGGUGGUAGUGGUGGAGGAGGAGAGCCAGCAGGUGGACGAGAUGGCUAACGGGGAUGAGAAGCAGGAGGAGGUGGAGGAUGCAGAAGAAGUGCAGGAUGCAGAGGAGGAGGAAGAGGAGGAGAAGGAGAAGGUGGUGGUGGUGGAGCAGCAGCACCAAGAGAUGCUCAGGGAGUCCACGCCGGUACCCGAGAGUAACGGAGAAAUCCACAAGCAUGUGGAGAAGAAGCUGAGCACCAGCUCAGAGAAGGAGGUGUGCGCCGAGCUGCGGCCGCGUCUCUGCGUGAUCCAGCGAGGCUCCGACGGAUAUGGCUUCAACCUGCACAGCGAGCGGUCGCGGCCGGGUCAGUACAUCAGAGCCGUGGAUGAAGACUCUCCAGCUGAGAGGGCAGGCCUGCAGCCCAAGGACAGGAUUGUACAGGUGAAUAACAUGCAGGUGGAGGGGAAGACGCAUUCAGAGGUGGUUGCUGCCAUCAGAGCGGGGGGUCAUGAGACCCGGCUGCUCGUGGUGGACCCCGACACAGACGCUUUCUUCAAGAGGUGCCGAGUGGUGCCCACCCUAGAGCACCUAACUGGUCCACUUCCAGAGCCCGUCAUCAAUGGAGGAGUGGACGAGAAGAUGAAUGGUAAAGUGGCCAAAGAGGGGCAGAGAGAUUCAAAACUGUCGGUCAGUCCGUCACCCUCCAAUGCCUCAUCCAACACUUCCCUAACAACCCCGAUCGCAAGCACUCCGCCCGAGGGUUUGAUCACAGACACCAUCCCUGCUCUGAGCCUCAGCCUGCAGCAGGUCAAAGAGCUCGCCCACCAGAAGCGCUCCAACAAGCGAGCGCCCCCCAUGGACUGGACCAAGAAGAACGAGCUCUUCAGCAACCUAUAG